GCGGGGGAGGCGCAGAGGCGAAGUCGGGGACCUGUUGGCGGGGAGCAAGCCAGGGACGCGGCCGGGCCGGGACCCGCCGCCGCCGCCGCCGCCGCGCGCCGCGCCUGACGCCCCCCGGACCCACUCCGCGCGCGCCGGGGACCCCCGCGCCCCCCGCGCCGACAUGGAAGUUUUCCCCUGGCUGCUGCUGCUGGCCCUCGGCUGCCUCCGGACCUGGCGCUGCGCGGGCGCCGACUCCAUCAUCCACAUCGGAGCGAUAUUUGAUGAAUCUGCCAAGAAGGACGAUGAGGUGUUUCGCACGGCUGUCGGGGACCUCAAUCAGAACGAGGAGAUCCUGCAGACCGAGAAAAUCACAUUUUCGGUGACAUUUGUGGAUGGUAACAACCCUUUCCAAGCAGUCCAAGAAGCCUGCGAGCUGAUGAACCAGGGCAUCCUGGCCCUGGUCAGCUCCAUCGGCUGCACGUCGGCGGGCUCCCUGCGGUCCCUGGCAGACGCCAUGCACAUCCCGCACCUCUUCAUCCAGCGGGCCACGGCGGGCACCCCCCGGAGCGGCUGCGGGCUGGCCAGGGGCCCCCGGAGCGGGGACUACACCCUGGCCGUGCGGCCCCCCGUCUACCUGCACGACGUCAUGCUGAGGGUGGUCACCGAGUACGCCUGGCAGAAGUUCAUCAUCUUCUACGACAGCGAGUACGAUAUCCGUGGAAUACAGGAGUUCCUGGACAAAGUGUCUCAGCAGGGGAUGGAUGUCGCACUUCAGAAGGUAGAAAACAACAUUAAUAGAAUGAUCACCACUCUUUUUGAUACCAUGAGGAUAGAGGAACUGAAUCGCUAUCGAGACACUCUCAGGCGAGCCAUCCUCAUUAUGAACCCUGCCACAGCCAAAUCCUUCAUUACUGAGGUUGUGGAGACUAAUUUAGUUGCUUUUGACUGUCACUGGAUCAUUAUAAACGAGGAAAUAAAUGAUGUGGAUGUACAGGAACUUGUCAGAAGGUCCAUUGGAAGGCUCACGAUCAUCCGGCAGACAUUUCCAGUUCCCCAGAAUAUAAGUCAGCGCUGUUUCCGUGGCAACCACCGAAUAUCUUCCACACUGUGUGACCCUAAGGAUCCAUUUGCUCAGAAUAUGGAGAUCUCCAACCUCUACAUCUACGACACCGUGCUGCUGCUCGCCAACGCCUUCCACAAGAAGCUGGAGGACCGGAAGUGGCACAGCAUGGCCAGUCUGUCCUGCAUCCGGAAGAACUCCAAGCCCUGGCAGGGGGGGCGGUCCAUGCUGGAGACCAUCAGGAAGGGUGGAGUCAAUGGGUUGACUGGAGAACUAGAAUUUGGAGAAAAUGGAGGCAAUCCGAACGUCCACUUUGAAAUUCUUGGAACUAACUAUGGAGAAGAGCUUGGCCGAGGUGUUCGCAAACUGGGGUGCUGGAAUCCCGUCACCGGCUUGAAUGGGUCCCUGACAGACAAGAAACUGGAGAAUAACAUGCGUGGGGUGGUUUUACGUGUCGUGACUGUUCUGGAGGAACCUUUUGUGAUGGUUUCUGAAAACGUCUUGGGCAAGCCGAAGAAAUACCAGGGAUUCUCCAUCGACGUUCUGGACGCCUUGUCUAACUACCUGGGUUUUAACUAUGAGAUUUACGUGGCUCCGGAUCACAAGUAUGGAAGCCCACAGGAAGACGGGACGUGGAACGGCCUGGUGGGGGAACUCGUCUUUAAGCGUGCGGACAUCGGCAUCUCUGCACUGACCAUCACCCCCGACCGGGAGAACGUGGUGGACUUCACCACCCGCUACAUGGACUACUCCGUGGGUGUGCUCCUGCGGAGGGCCGAGAAGGCCGUGGACAUGUUUGCCUGCCUGGCCCCGUUCGACCUGUCCCUGUGGGCCUGCAUCGCGGGCACCGUGCUCCUGGUGGGGCUGCUGGUCUACCUCCUCAACUGGCUCAACCCCCCGCGCUUACAGAUGGGCUCCAUGACGUCCACGACCCUCUACAACUCCAUGUGGUUCGUGUAUGGAUCCUUUGUCCAGCAAGGUGGGGAGGUCCCGUACACGACGCUGGCUACCCGGAUGAUGAUGGGUGCCUGGUGGCUGUUUGCCCUGAUUGUCAUCUCGUCCUACACAGCGAAUCUGGCCGCUUUCCUCACUAUAACCCGCAUUGAAAGUUCCAUUCAGUCUCUGCAGGACCUGUCCAAGCAGACGGACAUCCCCUACGGCACCGUGCUGGACUCGGCGGUGUACGAGCACGUGCGGGUCAAGGGCAUGAACCCCUUCGAGCGGGACAGCAUGUACGCCCAGAUGUGGCGGAUGAUCAGCCGCAGCAACGGGUCCGAGAACAACGUGCUGGAGUCGCAGGCGGCCAUCCAGAAGGUCAAAUUCGGAAACUACGCCUUUGUUUGGGACGCAGCUGUCCUGGAGUACGUGGCGAUCAAUGACCCCGAUUGCUCUUUUUACACCAUUGGAAAUACCGUAGCCGACCGGGGAUACGGAAUCGCACUGCAGCACGGCAGCCCUUACCGAGAUGUUUUUUCACAAAGGAUCCUGGAGCUGCAGCAGAACGGAGACAUGGACAUCCUGAAGCACAAGUGGUGGCCCAAGAACGGCCAGUGCGACCUGUACUCCUCCGUGGACACCAAGCAGAGGGGAGGCGCCCUGGACAUCAAGAGCUUCGCGGGCGUGUUCUGCAUCCUGGCGGCGGGCGUGCUGCUGUCCUGCCUCAUCGCCAUGCUGGAGGCCUGGUGGCACAAGCGCAAGGGCUCCCGCGCCCCCUCCAAAGAGGAUGACAAGGAAAUUGACCUGGAGCACCUCCAUAGACGGGUCAAUAGCUUGUGCACAGAUGAUGACAGCCCCCAUAAACAGUUUUCCACCUCGUCAAUUGACUUGACCCCUCUGGACAUUGACACUUUGCCAACACGCCAAGCCCUGGAGCAGAUCAGCGAUUUCAGGAACACGCACAUCACCACCACCACUUUCAUCCCAGAGCAGAUCCAGACUCUUAGCCGCACGCUCUCGGCCAAGGCCGCCUCGGGCCUCGCGUUCGGCGGCGCGCCCGAGCACCGGACUGGCCCCUUCAGACACAGGGCCCCCAACGGGGGCUUCUUCCGGAGCCCCAUAAAAACAAUGUCCUCCAUCCCCUACCAGCCCACCCCCACCCUGGGGCUCAGUCUGGCCAACGACCCAGACCGGGGCACUUCCAUCUGAGCCGCGCAGACUCGCGCCCUGCUCCCCGCCUAGGGCUCCCGGGCCAGGGGCAGUCGGAUCCUGUGGGACUAACACGGAUGUAACUUUCUUUUUAAUCAGGAUGGUUAGUGACAACGGCUAGGCUUCUUCCCCCACCCCCUCCUCUCUCUCUCUCUCUCUCUCUCUCUCUCUCUGUUUCUUUCCCCCCGCCCGUCCAUCCCCUCCCCUCUCCAUCGCUCACUUGUCCCCCAGGAGACAGUAUACUAGGAGCCCCCCAGUCCGCUUUCCAGACACUGUACUUCAAGCAUAGGGAAUGUGCGCUGAGCAUACUAGGAGUAUGUGCAGGAUGAAUUCUACAUCGAGGCCUCUUGUGUAACAUUUCUCUAUUUUUAAAAUCUAUGAUUGCAAUAACUUCAGUCUUUUUUACAUUCUUCUGCUGCACCCAUACAAUGCUCCACUUCUGUUGAGUGUCCUUGAACUCUGGACCAAAGGCAACCCCUGUGUUGUUUAUAAAAUAAUUUAAAGAUUUUAUUCAGGCCACAUAAUAUGAGAAUGCAAUUUUGUAGGAUUACCAAAAAAGCCAUUAAUAUACCAGUCGAGACUACAAUUAAAACCAGUCCUGCACUGCAGCAGUGCAUAUGACCUUUAUGUGAUUGUACAGUAUUCAAAGUCUUUUUCUUAUGUACAGUAAACUUUAUCAUAUGGCAGAAACCUCUAUUGUGUUAAAGAAAUUAGUAUCUCAUAUAUAUACAUAUAUAUGCACCUAUAUAAUGUGUAUAUAUAUAUUAAAAGGCAGCCAUUGCUAUUGCAAUUCGUUGAAUAAAGCUUUAGUUUUUAAGAAAAAAAAAAGGUAUUGUAUAGAGCUGGGGAUCUUUUCCAUUAGAAAAGGCAGGUUGCUUUAAUGUCACUCUGACACGCCUUGUUUGACAACAGAGGAUUUUAUACUUUUGUUAUGAAAACAUCCUGGACAACUGAAACAUUUGUUCCUAGAUGCCACUCACUUGACUAGGUCUCGCAUUUGUUACUCAGAACUGUAUAAAGCUAACCUUGAUCAUUUUAUUCAUAGUUAAUUCUCUACAUGGAAAAUGCUUUUAGUCGCACCCUGUCCACGGCAGCACAGAGUUCAGUAAGAGUUUAGACUUAGGUCAUUGGAGGUUAAUAAAUUCUCUUCCAAAGCCGUAAAUCGAUCAAUGGAGCGGGAGUCAGGAAUGGUGCGGGCCCUGGAGAAGUAUUGACGUGGCCUUAAUUACGUCAUGGAUUAGCCUAGAGGGAAAGGAAUAGAAGAACCGUACUGGGCUCUGUCCUUCGCCCCCUGCUUUAUUUAGUUCCUCGGGGGAGUUACCAAUUUUUUACAUUAGUGCCAAGCGUGCAGGAGGACGAGAGCGAACAGUGCCUCUCUGCACAGCCUUUCACUGCAGCAUCCUUACCUGGUAGGAACUAGGCGGGACUUCGUAAUCCUUAAUUAAAACGUGGUAAGUAGGGCGCCAGGACUGAUCUUGUGUUUUUACGCAGCCACACACUUACUUUAAUCCAAUUCACUCUGUGGCUAGGACUGACAUAGGAGUCAGCCUAUGUUACUUGCUUUAGGAGAAAUUUUAAAAGUAUAUUCUUAAGGUAUAUUUUGAUGCUAAUUCUGUUCUGGGGAGCAUCUUGUACUGUCACUGUUUUUGUACUAAAUCUUCAAAUAUUGUCUACUGUGUAAGGCAGAAAAAUUUCUUAUCAUGCAAAAAUCAUUUUGUUUCCAGGGUAACAAGUCCCUAAGUGCAUGCACAGCUCGUAACGCUCAUGAUCUCAUCCACAAUUCUGAUUUGAAAACAGAACAAAACAAGAAAAAAGAACUUUGCCACAAGCUAGGUAGGGACGUACCAGAUACUGCAGUGGUUUUGGCUAUCAACAAACUGUCAACCAUGUACAAUAUUUGAAAUAGGCCUAUUUUGAUGUAUUGCCUAUUAUUAAACAAAUACACUCUUUUGGAGGUCUCCGUUAUGAGUUACAGAGCUUUCUGUGUAUAAUUUGUCUAAAUAAUUUGUCUAAUAAAAAUUUUUUCUAAACUUGCUCUCAUACCAUGGAAAUUUUAACUAUAAAAUUAGAACAUGCUUACUUUCUUACAGAGUUAACUGAAUUUUUCUAAAAAUUUAUUCUGAGUUCAUGAAAGCAUAGGCACAUUAUUUUCUGUGGCAAACCAUGCCGAAAACAAGUGGUCCUCUUCUAAAAAAAAUUAAUUCUAAAUGAUGUCAUAAGCAAACCAAAACCUGUCUUUCUGCUAUUGAGGUGAUUUGAACCAAUAUUAUAUUUGUUUUUGAGGAUAUCUCUGUGAGGACUUUUUGGGGGAGAGAUUUUAUCCUGUUUCAUGUAAAUAAUGCAAUGCGGUCUUCGUAAUGAUAGAGUGAAAAUGUUAUAUCAGAAAAAAAGAAAGGAAAGGAAAUUAAUACUAAUUGCUGCAUUGAGAUUUAUUUAUUAAUAAUUGCUUUGCUAUUAGAGUAAUAGUCAACAUACUGAAUCUAUUGAUUUAACUUGAUUCUGGGAUUAUUUCUAAUAUAGUGUUAUUUUGUGCUUUUGAACAAUAUUUCAUUCAUCUAGCAUUGAACUAACUCACUAGAUCUGUAUCUAAAACUAUAUUCAGCUUAGGUUACUAUAUCUGCUGUCCUAAACUUUUUACUGAUGAUUUUAACUGUUGGAACUAGUGUGCCGAGGAGACCUAGACUGUCUCAAAUAGGGGAGCACGAAAAGGCAGGCAGCUGUGAUUGGUCCAAGUGUCAGUCGACAAUCCGGGACUUUGCCCUGAGUCUCUGGCUUUACCGCUGCUGUUUCGGCCCCACGAGCUUCCCGGGCUGCGGGUGUAGGGAGAGCGGGACGCCGGCCGAGAGUCUCGGGUCUGUCCCUCCUUCCGUCCCGGGGGUCAGGGCGGGCGCCGCACCCACUGCUCCGUCCAUGCGUGGGAAAGUGGCCAAGGCGGCGGCUUCUGCAGAGCCCAGCCCAGCCCCCCCUCUGUCCGUGCCCCUUCAGGCAGUCGACUGUGUGGGGGCCACGUGGCUCGGGCUUGUCUCACUAUUUCAGAACAAGACAAAAAAAUCUUUCAUUCAUGGACUUUAUAUUCUCCUCAGAGGUCCAGUGUGUCCCUUUGGUGCAUGGUGGAAAGAACUGGUUGUCACAUCAGAACGCAAGCACAGGUUUUGCUUUAAACAGACGUUAGAACAUUGUACGCCUUCCUCUCUUCCUCAUAUAUAUACCGUUACAGGCGAUUGGUUGUUUUCUUAGUUCUAUUAUUUUUCAUCUCUUUUCAUUGGGACUGGUUGUUAACUAAAUAAAUACUUUUAAAAAUAGA